AUGAUUGAGAAUAUCACAAUUGCUGCUACCUUUCAUAGUAAACGCUUAAUUGCGAAAAAUUUAGAUACAUUCUUCUUUGUUGGGACCGGAAACAUCACUCAUGUAAUACAACAGACGAAAGCGCGAACUAUUGGAUACGAGCUUGGUGAUCCAUUGGAUUCAUACAAAGGUGACGAUGUGAUGGUUCGUUUGCCGAAGGGUAUACGCACAUUUGAUGUGGACUUCUUGACCAUUUACAAUGAGGACGAGAAGAAAUAUUAUGCUCACGCCGAGUUGCCAAGUUUACUAGUUCCCCCAUGUGUUGAUGAUUUGUGA